AUGAACAGCAGGACAUGGCAGUGGACGAUGGAAGAAGGCGACCAUGAGGUGGCGAAGGUGAACUGUUGUAGAGCGGACUACUAGAUCGUAGUCACAAGAGAAACACAUCGAUUCAUGGCACAUCGUGUCGCCGACGAGCCCGUCAUGACAGCGGCGACAGCAGCCGCCGACAAACACCGAGCCGUGCAGCUGACCGGGCGUAGUCCGAUUGCGAUUACGGUGAUGGCAUGA